CAGGACCAGACAGCCUGUUCUUCUCUGUGUACCAGGUCCAGCCUCUUUUGAAGCAUGAGCUCCCAGCAGCAGAAGCAGCCCUGCACCCCACCCCCUCAGCCCCAGCAGCAGCAGGUCAAACAGCCCUGCCAGCCUCCGCCCCAGGAACCAUGUGCCCCCAAAACCAAGGAGCCAUGCCAUACCAAGGUGCCUGAGCCCUGCCACCCCAAGGUGCCUGAGCCCUGCCACCCCAAGGUGCCCGAGCCCUGCCACCCCAAGGUGCCUGAGCCCUGCCACCCCAAGGUGCCUGAGCCCUGCCACCCCAAGGUGCCCGAGCCCUGCCACCCCAAGGUGCCCGAGCCCUGCCACCCCAAGGUGCCUGAGCCCUGCCACCCCAAGAUGCCUGAGCCAUCUCAGCAGAAGACCAAGCAGAAGUAAUGUGGUUCACACCCAUGAUCUUGAGCAACCACCACCACCUGCUGAACGCCUCUCCAUUCUGCCUCUGAGUCCCACUUCAAUUCACUUGUGUCAUCCAGAAUAAUCCUUUCCUCGUUGUAAUGUCUAAUGUGAUGCCUCAUAAUGCUCCGGAAGGCCCCUGGGCCUCUGAGGAAGGCUGAAGUUCUCACUGGCUGAGCUGGUCUUCUCGCUGUGUGAGGCUCAUCUGAAGAGGACUUUGGGGAGGACUGAGUCUUUCCUGAUGCUUCCUCAUUAAAUCACCUUUAACUUCA